AUGCAGAAUCCUUUGGAUCAUAGUAUGUCAUCUCAAAAUGCAGAAUCUACUUCUGUUAAUAAAAUUCUAGCAAAUGUACAGGGAUAUUAUAGUGGGGAUUAUGACUGGAACGACUUUUAUGGAGAUGAUGAUGAAUUUUCUGUUGACGAAGAUGAUGAUGUGAAAUUGGAUUCAAAAGCAAUUUUAACUUCAAAUUCAAAGACAUUUGAUAGUGUGAUACAAGAUAAACUUAAAGUGUUCCAGAAUAAAGGAAGCACAGAUAACUCCAAUUUAGGAGAUGUUAGAUUUAGGCAGAGAAUAAGAAAUCGAAGGAUGAGGGAUAAGGCAAAUGAUGAUGAUAACCCUGACUACUUGCAUGAUGAAAUUGUUGAACAAAUUCAAAAAGGAGAAGAAAUUGCUGCAAUAGGACCAGAAGAGAUGAAUGAAAUUCGAAACACAGCAUGGAUUCCCAAAGGAGAGUAUAUUCCUGAGGAUAUUGCAAUGGGGUACCAUACAGCUUGGGAUAUUGGGAAAAGAGGUUGUGUUGCAGUAAAACUAGUAGGAAAUUGGGACUCUCAUAUUUCCCCAAAUAAAGUGAGAUUUUUCAUUAUGGAUGGAACUGACCCUAUUGCAUUUCUUUCAUACUAUACGAAAAGUGACCUCAAGGUCAGUAGGGGUGAAAAGUCUGAAAAAAAAGGAAUCAUAUUUGCCAAAGACUUAAGGGAUGGGUAUUGGGAUUAUGGCAGAUCAAAAAUCAUUUUUACAAGGAGAAACAAGUCAGGGCAAACUACAAUCAUAGAAAACCUUCCCACACAGUUCAUGGAUGCCAUGAUGGUUUGUAUCCGCGAAAUUGAAAUUCACAAAAAAGUUACCAAAAUUAUCAAAGAAAGAAGGAAGCAGGCUAAUAUUAAUAUUCUUGACAAGAAUCCUGUUAAAGCUGGAACUAUUUCUAACUCUUCCAACUCAGAUGAAUCAAACCACAAAAAUUUGGGUAUUGAUGCAACAAAAAAUAACUCAGAACUUAACCAGCCUAAUUUCAUUGAAGAUAGUGAAGUUAUUGUCCCUCUGGGGAAUGCUCUAAUAGGUAAAAGAGCCUCUAUUACUAAAUUAGUUGCUCCUAAAAUUGAUUUUGAGAAAUAUAAAAAUUAA